AUGGUUUCCAAUUUCCCAAAGAUUAAAAAAGUCAAGACAUAUCUAAUACAUGGUAAAGGUGGUGGUGAUUAUCAUGAUGUGGAAAAAGGACACUGGUUAGUGGAUAAUGAUAUUUCAAAUCCAAUGUCGAAAUAUCCAGAAUAUAGAAAAUCAAGAACUUCAUGGGGUAUUAAUGUUUUAGGAUCUUUUUGUGUUGAAAUUGAAGCUGAUGAUGGCCAUAAAGGUUUUGCUACAGGGUUUGGUGGUCCAAUUGCAUGUUGGUUAGUUCAUCAUCAUUUCAAUAGAUUUUUAGAAGGUGGAGAUCCAAGAGAUUUAAAUAUCAUUUGGGAUAAAUUAUUUAGAGCUUCAAUGUUUUAUGGUAGAAAAGGGAUAACAAUUGCAGUUAUAAGUGUUGUUGAUUUAGCAUUAUGGGAUCUUUUAGGCAAAAUUAGAAAUGAACCUGUUUAUAAGAUGAUUGGUGGUGCUACAAGAGAUCGUCUUGAUUUUUAUUGUACAAGUUCAAGACCCGAAGCUGCUAAAGAAAUGGGAUUUUGGGGUGGUAAAGUUGCAUUACCAUUUGGUCCUGAUGAAGGUCAUUUAGGAUUGAAGAAAAAUGUUGAAUUUUUAACAAAACAUCGUGAUGCAGUUGGUCCAGAUUUCCCAUUAAUGGUUGAUUGUUAUAUGUCAUUAAAUGUUUCUUAUGUUAUUGAUUUAGUCAAAGCUACUAAACAUUUAAAUAUCAAUUGGUGGGAAGAAGUUUUACAUCCUGAUGAUUUUGAUGGAUUUGCACAAAUUAAAAGAGCUCAUCCAGAUGUUAAAUUUACAACUGGUGAACAUGAAUAUACUAAAUAUGGAUUUAGAAAAUUAAUUGAAGGUCGUAAUCUUGAUAUUAUUCAACCAGAUGUUAUGUGGGUUGGUGGAUUAACUGAAUUACUUAAAGUUGCAGCUCAAGCAGCUGCUUAUGAUAUCCCUGUUGUUCCUCAUGCUUCAGGUCCAUAUUCAUAUCAUUUUGUUGUUAGUCAACAAAAUACACCAUUCCAAGAAUAUCUUGCAAAUUCACCAGAUUCAAGAUCAGUUUUACCAGUGUUUGGAGAAUUAUUUAUUGAUGAACCAAUUCCAUAUAAAGGAUUUUUAAAUGUUAGUGAUUUAAAUAAACCAGGAUUUGGUUUAACUAUUAAUCCAAAACAACAAUUUAUUGAUGCAGAAUAUUUGUUAAAUCCAUCACCACAGAAAACAAUUACAUUAAAUAAAGAAGAUGAAUAA